AUUAAUUAAAAUUAUUUACUCAAACAUGUCACAUUAUUUAUCUGUUAGUUUCAUGUACAGUCCUGGAGUAGAAAACUUAUGCAUGGUCAGUAUCGACAUCUCACUGAGAAACCACCUGUGGACAUGAAAGAGACCUACAGAUGGCUGAAGUCAUUGAACAUUCCUGCUGCAACUGAGGGACUGGUUGUUGCUGCUCAAGACCAAGCUUUUCGGACUCAGUAUUAUGAGCGCAACAUUCUGCAUCGUGAUGUCAGUCCCACUUGCCGCAUGUGCAGUGUAGGCCUGGAAACAGUUGACCACAUUGUGGCAGGCUGUAGUGCCUUGGCACCGAUGGACUACACUGAUCGACACAAUCAGGUGGCCUCCAUCAUUCACUGGGGUGUUUGUUGUCAUUUUGGGGUUCCAGUGGAGAGCAGAUGGUACCAGCAUCAUCCUGAUAGGCUUGUGGAUACAGACAACAUCACUAUGAUGUGGGAUACAGCCAUCCCCACUGCUAGGAAGAUCAAUAGCAAUAGUCCUGACAUCUGUUUCAAAACUAAGAAGACAAACACUUGUCUUCUUAUUGAUAUCAGCUGUCCUCCCGAUGGUAACGUCGCCAGGAAACAGGCUGAGAAGUUGACAAAUACAGCGACUUGCGGGUGGAGGUAAGUCGCAUGUGGCAGUGUCAGACACUGAUUGUUCCAGUGGUGUUGGGAGCAUUGGGCACGGUGCACACAGGUAUUGCACGGUGGCUGGACAUUAUUCCAGGUCAUCACAACCCGCAGCACUUACAGAAAACAGUGCCUCUUGGAUCCAGUCGGAUCCUUCGUAAAGUCAUGUUUUCUGUCUAAACAGCCAUGAUGGUCUAAGCACCUCUGAGGCAGGGUUUGCCUCUGGUGCUUACAAGAGACCAUACAAACCAGACUGACUUGGUUGAGCACGACACAUCUGUUAGUUUCUUAUGAUUAG